CUGGAAACGUGAGAGUCUAUGGUCUAUGACUUGUGUUGUAUGUGUUGUAAGUGUUGUAUGUUUUGUACGCAAACUCUAUAAUGUUUUUUGUCAGUCAUAUAGUAUUGUAAGGCAUAGAGUGUGGCAUUGAGUGAAUGAUUCACUAAUUGUUGAGUUAUUGCACGCAUUGAUUGUCCAAACGUUUUGAGUGACUAUUCAAACACAAAGCCACUAAAAGAUGCCGUCGGUUAACACCAACACAUCCAAUACAUCCAACUCUAAGACCAAUACCGGUCACACCAGUGCUGACAUUCAGGAACCGCACAAAUUGGUCCAGAAUUUGGUCGACAAGAAGAUCCGUAAUCUUGAGAAACGCAAGGCUCGUCUUCAAGAACUGCAAACUCAGGCCGAAAAGGGUCAGCAACUGGAAGAGGAACAGCAAAAAGCAAUCAAGAAGUUGGAUCAAGUCGUCGAAAUGAUUGAUCUCAUGAAAGACUUGAAUAAAUCGAUUUGCGAAGUGUUAACUGAGAACUCAAAGCAACAGAAAAAAAUAGCCAAAAAAGAACUCUUAGAGAAACAAAUAGAAAGACAACAACAAGAGUUGGAUCGACUCAAGACUAUCCUUCAAUUCCAAGACAUUCUCGCAAAGUUUGAAACUACAGUUAGGACAGACUUUUCAAAGGGCACUAACGGAGCCAUUAAACUAUCUGAAGAACAACUGAACAAUUUGGACAAACUUUUCUCUGAGACAACCGAUUUUUCUGAAGAAAAAAUCGAUUCAACGACCGAAAAGUUGAUAGCAUUGGCCGAUGGAAAGAACAAAGAGGCCUGGAAUGGGGUGACGUAUCAUCAACUUAAAGAACUGAUGAACUCUAUUGUGGACUCGAAGUACUUCGCCUCACGUGAAAAGCUAGUGACACCAACUGCUCCGACAAACACCGCUAUCACAGAGAAAUCUGAAGAGACGACCAAACAAUUUACGAAAGAAUCUGAAGCCACGAAUGCGACUAAAAUAAAUACAAAUCAAUUUCAGACAAUUUCAACUAAUAUAUCACAAAUACCCACUCAGUUUACCGCAAGUGGCAUAAGUUUUAUGACAAACAACUCUGGUUUAGACAAAGAUCCUGCUGUUGUAGCGGUGGCUUCGGUACCGAACACAUAUCCUUACAAUCCUUACGGACAUCAGACCAGCGAUCAAUUAUCGAUAGUUAAUUCGGUAUCAAAUUCAAAUCAAUCUAAGACUUUAACAUUUGACAACCAAUCCUCAAUUCCGACGCAAACCUUUACAAACCAACAGUACACGGCUAUCAUCCCAAACAACGUUCCUGUUUCUACAACUGGCGCCGUCUUCUCAGCGGUUCCCGUGACUUUGGCACAGAUUCAUGGACUGAUUCAGCCAGACAUCACUCCACCCAUCACUACUGAACUUACUUUUACUAAUCAACAAAACUUAAUGAAUUCCAACGCAAUCGACAAACAAACUUCUAGUCAUGAAAGACAAUCACAACAACAGCAUAACUUCAAUGACGAGAAUUUCAAAAAUAAUCGAAUUCGUAACAACAGAUUUGAUGGAAAUGUUAAAAGAAAUGGUAACGGAUCCGGAAAUAGACCCCGAAAUCCCACUAAAGGUACGGGUUAUUCCAAUCAGAACUCGUUUGGCAAUUACUCCAACAAAUAUGAUCCGCAAACGAAUGGCAAUACUUGGAACUCAAACAACAACAACAACACCUUUGGAACCGAUAGGAACUCUCAGAACAACAAUUUCAACGCAAACCGAAACCGGCCGCCAAUGAACCGACCAAAUCCUCGAUCGGAUAAUCGGCCGCGAAAUGCCAACAACAGCUAUAGUAGUAAUUUCAGUGCCACAGCCGCUGCCAAAUAAAUUAAAUUUGAUACUAAUUAUCAUAAAUAGCAGCAGUGGUCGACCUAUAUUUCAUUAAAAAAAAUACAAAAAAAUCAACAAAAUUUUUUUAGGCAUAACUAUCAAAAGCUAUUAAAUGAUUAUAUUUUGCUUCGAAAUAAUUUAUUAUAAAAACAAAUAAUUUUUCUGUAAAAAUCAAACAUGUUUUUGUAUAGUAUAUUCAGUGAUAAUUCAUUUUUUCUUUAUAUAAUUGUAUUAAAUUAAAUCCCAAACGGCAUUAACUAUAUAUAUAUAU